GGCCGCGAAUAAAAAAAAGCGUUGUUCCAACGCUUAUUGGGCACCAGGUUCAGCCAUUCUUGGCGUCAUCCCUCACGCACUGGUCGCAGCUCCCUCCUCUUCUUCUGAGUGGUGAUCUGCAGUCCCAAACUUACCAGUUAUACCAAGAAUGGCAAAGAUCGUGGGACUGAUGCUUCUGGUCCAGAUUCUUUUCCUCGCCGCCACGGGUGCCGCCGCCUCCUCCGCCCACCCGGCCUACGAGGAGGAGGCAGCGGCGUGCGGGGUGGGCGGCGGCGAGGAGGAGCUGGUGGUGAUCAGGAGGGAGGAGUACGACGGGGGCCGGAUCCUGGACAUCACGCACGCGUACAGGGAGGACAUGCCGUCGUGGGAGACGGACGAGGGGCUGGGCCAGUUCCUGUGUUUCCCCCGCUCCAUGAAGAACGGCUCCCUCGCCAACAACUCCGAGAUGAAGAUGGGCACCCACUCCGGCACCCAUGUCGAUGCCCCCGGCCAUGUCUUCCAGCAUUACUUCGAGGCCGGCUUCGACGUCGACACCCUCGACCUUGAAGUCCUCAAUGGUCCUGCAUUGUUAGUGGAUGUUCCAAGGGACAAGAAUAUAACAGCUGAGGUAAUGGAGUCUUUACAUAUUCCCAAAGGAGUUCGUCGUGUGCUUUUCAGAACAUUAAACACUGACAGGAAGCUUAUGUGGAAAAAGGAGUAUCAUACAGACUACGUUGGGUUCAUGAAAGAUGGUGCUCAGUGGCUGGUCGAUAACACUGAUAUCAAACUUGUUGGUGUUGACUAUUUAUCUGUUGCUGCAUAUGCUGAUUUGAUCCCUUCUCACUUGGUUUUUCUUAAAAGCAGGGAAAUCAUCCUUGUGGAAGCCUUAAAACUAGAUAAUGUCAAGCCUGGGAUAUACUCCUUGCAUUGCUUACCUCUCAGGUUGCUUGGGGCCGAGGGUUCACCAAUCAGGUGCAUUCUUAUCAAAUAAGCUAUGCAAGCCUUGCAUGAAAGGGUGACAUUGCCAGCACAGAUUUCUCUCUAUUAAGUGCUGUAAAUAGGUUGUUCUCGAACCUUUCUUGACAUUAUCUCUCUGUUCUAUGUAAAGUUUCAGUAUUUGAGUGAUACCAGUGUGGCAUAAUAAUCUCUUCGAUCAUCAGAUGUUAGGAUAAACAUGGUUUUAUAAUAUUUUAGUCUCUUAGUUUUAGACACAAGUCUGCUUAAAUGGUACAGCUUGUUGAUUUGAAAUUGCAUUAUAUGAGGCAUAGAUUAUAUGUGUAAUAGAAUGGUGGAAAAUGCUUCAUGUCUUCUAUAAUGACUUAAAAGUCUGGAUCAUUAGG